GAGCAAGCGUUUGAAAAACUUGUAUUAGAUAAUAUACCGUACGAUUCAACGUGGUACAGAUUUAAAGCCCACAGAAUAAUAAAAACUUCAGAUUACGAUGCCAUUGUAAAAUAUAUGGAAAUCAUCUUGGAGCAUGGAUCAACAGAAGAUGACGGAGUGAGUAUUUCGGAAGUAUCUCUAAAAAAAAACUUGCAACAAUGUGAUGAUGGGACCGACUCAUCCGAUGCUUCACAAUCAUCAGACUCGGAAGUACAUGCUAAAACAGCUAAAAAGCCUCAAAAGAAGCAUAAAAAUACAAAAAGCAUAUCUGAGGAUUCUGAUUCUUCUCUCUUGGUAUCAAAGAAUAAACAAAAACAAAAACGAUUUGAUAAAGAGAAAACUAAAAAUGUCAACGUGCAACCUAAUAAACCUUCGAAAACUUUUUACCCGGAUAGAGUCGAAAACGGCAACUCGGUUUCUCUAUCAGUAAAUGAGAGAGAAACUGAUUCAACGGAAAUCCUAUCAGAACAGUAA